UGUUCUUUCUUUUCCUGUCGUCCAUUUGUUGGUUAAGCUUUGUCGACGGCGUGCUACUCAACAUGCAGAACGACGCUGGUGAAUUUGUGGACCUCUACGUCCCUCGUAAAUGCUCUGCUAGCAACAGAAUCAUUGGAGCCAAGGACCAUGCUUCUGUCCAGAUAAACAUCGCUGAGGUGGACAAGGUCACUGGUCGAUUCAAUGGUCAGUUCAAGACCUACGCAAUCUGUGGCGCCAUCCGCAGGAUGGGAGAGUCUGAUGAUUCAAUCCUCAGGCUGGCAAAGAAUGAUGGAGUUGUUGCUAAGAACAUCUGAGUGAUCAACAUUUGUUCAAUAAAAUGUGACAACAUUCAAA